CGGGCAGAGCGGCGUCGCAUCCAGAACCGCAUCUCGCAGAGGAAAUACAGGAAGAAGAUGAAGCUGCGCCUACAGACCUUGGAGACCAACUAUGGAGAGCCACAAUCUUCCCCUUCGCCUUCACAAUCACAAUCUCAACCACAAUCACAGUCACAGUCAUCAAGACAAUCAAGACAAUCAAGACAAUCACAGUCCUCAAUAUCAUCAUCAUCAUCAUCAUCAUCAUCAUCACAAGAACACCCAGAACAUCAACAUCCAGAACAUCAGCAUCUAGAACAUCAACAUCCAGAACCCUCCGGAUCAGUAUCCUCAGGAUCCUCCCUCGACACCCUCGACAUGCCCGUCUGGCCGUCCCCAGAUGAAACGCCGUUGAUGUACCCACUCGAAUACGAGAAAUACGAGAAAUACGACCGCUACGACGACUACCACGACUACCACGACUACCACUUGGAGGAAAUCCCAUCACUCGCAGGGCCUGUUGUGGAAAUGGGCAUGGGCAUGGGCAUGGGCAUGGGCAUUGGGAUGGGAGUGGGGAUGGGAGUGGGGACGGGCAUGAACAUGGGAAUGGGAAUGGAAUAUUGGACUGGUUACGGGAAUACUUUCUAGAUUUUAGUAUUUGGACGGAAUAUGGAGUAUGGAGUAUGAAUAUGGAGGACAACUCUGGUAUGAUCAUAUAG